CCUUCUCGGCCACCGUCCGGCGAUCUUCAGCCGGGGGUUUGUUUUCGGCGCAGUAGCGGGAGGAUUUGUUGUUAGAGAGAAAUGGCAGAAUAUUCUCACGUAAAAUCAACUAAACUCGUUUUAAAAGGACAGAAGGACAAAAGAAAGAAGAAGAACAAGGACAAGAAGAGAAAGCGAGAUGACAAUGAGGAGAAACUUGAUAUUGUUGGUGGUUGGUGGACCGUUCGUAGUUUUGGUGAUAUCACUGGUACUGUCUCUGUAGAGAUGCACAACAAGUCCUACAUUCACGCUCUGGACACGGGGCUUUUCACUGUUGGAGCGCCACAUACUGGAGAUGAUGAAGGACCAGAUCCACCAGAACAGCUCACAGCUAUCAAACUCUCAGACAGCAGAAUAGCACUGAAGUCAGGAUACGGGAAGUACUUGGGCAUAAACUCGGAAGGUGUUGUGAUUGGACGAUCAGAUGCCAUUGGGUCCAGAGAGCAAUGGGAGCCGGUGUUUCAAGAUGGUAAAAUGGCUCUCAUGGCAGCAAACAGCUGUUUCAUCUCGUACAGUGAAAGCGGAGACAUCGUGGCAAAAAGCAAGACAGCUGGAGACGAGGAGAUGAUUAAGAUACAAUCUUGUGCUGAGAGGGAAGUGAAGAAAAGUGAUGACCUAGCAGACGAGGACAGAGGCAACGUCAAAAGCUGCGAGAUUAAUUAUGUGAAGAAGUUCCAGAGCUUCCAGGACAGGAAGCUGAGGGUUAAUGAGGAGGACAGCGGCUCGUUGAAGAAGGCCAGGACAGACGGAAAGUUCCACGAGGCUUUACUGGACAGGAGAUCCAAGAUGAAAGCCGACAGAUACUGCAAGUGAAGAGAGAAGCUUUUAUUGUUAUUUUUUGUAUUUUUAUUUUUUAAUUCUGCUGGAAUUCUGUCUACUUUCUUUUAUAUUAAAUUUAAUCUAACGUC